AUGGGCAAGAAUGAAAGAUGCUCUGCAUGGACCCGAAGUCCCACCAUAGGUUCCACAGGGUACCCCGGCAUAAAGAAGCAGACGGAUCCGCAGGAGAGGGGAAAAGUAUCUCUGAAGGAAAUCAUCACUUACCCAGAAGCUGAUAGUACUAUGGCUUUACCGGUUCAGGGUAGAACUGCCAUCAUUACUGGCGCAGGCUCCGGCAUCAACCUCGCAUUUGCCAAGUUAUUGCUAGAAAAUGGUUGCAACGUCUUGAUCGCGGACUUGGGCUUGCGUCCCGAAGCUCAGGUGCUCGUGGACAAGCACCAGGCUGGACCUGUGAGAGCUGUAUUCCAAAAGACGGAUGUGACAGACUGGUCACAGUUGGAGCGGAUGUUUGAAGUUGCAGAGAAGGAGUUCAAUGAGAUCGAUAUUGUCUGUCCCGGUGCGGGGGUCUACGAACCGCACUGGAGUAACUUCUGGCGUCCUCCUGGUACUGCACCCAGCAAGGACUCUGGCGGUCGCUACGCCCUGGUGGAUAUCAAUAUCACACACCCGAUCCGCACGACACAGCUGGCGAUUGCUCAUUUCCUGCGCCACCGUGAAAACGGUCGUCCCAAGCACAUCGUCCAUAUCUCCAGUAUCGCUGGACAGAAUUCUGCCUUUGCGGCCCCGAUCUAUGUGGCAACGAAACACGCCAUCAACGGCCUCGUGCGAUCACUUGGUAAACUCGAGAAACUGGGUAUCCGAGUCACCGCCGUGGCGCCCGGAGUGAUAAAAACCCCUCUUUGGACAGAUCACCCGGAGAAGCUGAAGAUGGUGUUGGAUAGUUCCGACGAGUGGGUGACUCCCGAGGAGGUUGGCGAGGUGAUGCUGGCCCUUGUGCAGCAGGAGCAAGUGAGCGAGGUCAUUGGUGAUCGGUCCGGAAAGGGCAAGCAGUUCACUGUGUCUGGAGGCAACAUCUAUGAGGUCUCCAAGACGGUUCGACUGGUAAAUGCGUUCAACGACGAGGGCCCCGGCAAUCGGCCGGGAAACACUGCGUCCGACCACGCAACGGUGGAGGAGGAGAGUUUCGGACUUUUAGCGCAGCCGGGAUGGGGACGAUCCAAGCUAGUGGCCUUCGACGACGUCCAAAUCGAGGAAAACGUGAGACUGGCAUCGCUGGCGACGCCAGCUGGUCGAGCAGUGUCAUCAAUCUCGUCAAUACCAUUAUCGGUGCCGGAGUUCUUGCCAUGCCACUGGCUAUAUCACAUAUGGGAAUUCUCUUGGGAACAUUCGUCAUCCUUUGGUCUGGGGUCACAGCGGGCUUCGGUCUCUAUCUACAAUCGCGAUGCGCUCAAUACCUCGACCGCGGAAGCGCCUCUUUUCUUCGCCCUGUCGCAAUUGACAUACCCUAACGCUGCUGUUGUCUUUGAUGCCGCAAUUGCCAUCAAAUGCUUUGGAGUGGGUGUCAGCUAUCUCAUUAUUAUCGGUGACCUGAUGCCAGGCGUCGUCAACGGCCUCGUUGGAGGCGACCCGGCCUUUGACUUCCUCGUGGAUCGUCAUUUCUGGGUAACCGCCUUCAUGUUGAUCGUGAUCCCCCUUUCAUACCUUCGUCGGCUAGACUCAUUGAAAUAUACGAGUAUUGCGGCCUUGGUGUCAAUGGCCUAUUUGGUCGUCUUGGUCGUCUACCACUUCAUCAAGGGCGAUACAAUGGCGGAUCGUGGCCCUGUUCGUGUGAUCCAUUGGGCAGGCCCGGUCCCAACUUUGAGCAGUUUCCCAGUGAUCGUAUUUGCAUUCACCUGCCAUCAGAAUAUGUUCUCAAUCCUCAACGAAAUCAAGAACAACAGUCAUUUCCGCACGACAAGCGUCGUGUUUGCCAGUAUUGGCGGCGCGGCGGCCACUUACAUUCUCGUCGCCAUCACUGGUUACCUCUCUUUUGGAAACAAUGUCGCGGGCAACAUCGUCGGCAUGUAUCCACCAGGCAUCGCGGCAACAAUUGCACGUGCUGCUAUUGUGAUGCUUGUUGUCUUCUCCUACCCACUCCAGUGUCACCCUUGUCGGGCGUCAGUGGAUGCUGUUUUGAAAUGGCGCCCGAAAUCCGCGCCUCGAUCAACAGAGGGCUCACCACACCGACACCCAUUGCUGGGCCCACGCGGUACUCGAACCGUCGAGCCGAUGAGUGACUUGCGCUUCUCUGUCAUCACCACCACCAUUCUUAUCCUGAGCUACCUCGUCGCUAUGACUGUUUCCUCCUUGGAAGCAGUGCUCGCUUACGUUGGAAGUACCGGAAGCACAAGCAUCAGUUUCAUCCUGCCAGGUCUUUUCUAUUACAAGAUCUCUUCACCUGAUUCUCCCGCCCAUCGCGGCCUUCUCAAGGACGACGAGGCAGCUGAUGACCUAUCUGAUGAAGAGACUCCUGACGAUGAAGGCGAGGGCUCUCUUACUCAGUCAUUGACAGGUAGUGGCUUCUUGCCUCGACCUGCUCGCCACUGGCGCAAGACAAUCCUGCGCCGUCUCAGCCUAGCCCUUGCUCUCUACGGUGUCGUGGUCAUGGUCGUGUGCUUCAUCACCAAUACAUUCUUCAUUGCAUCCCCUUGA